GCGCGGAGAGGUGCACACACUGAGCUCUCCUCCCAAAGGUACUUAAGGUCUGAGAGAAGCACAGGAAACGGUUGAGGCCACCUGGCCCCUCAGAAGCUCAUUCUCAGCAGUAGACCAGGGCCUCCCUGCCUCCACCUCCUGAGCUGUCCAUGGAUUUUGUUGCUGGGGCCAUCGGAGGCGUCUGCGGAGUUGCUGUGGGCUACCCCCUGGACACAGUGAAGGUCAGGAUCCAGACAGAGCCGAAGUACACAGGCAUCUGGCACUGCAUCCGGGACACGUAUCGCCAAGAGCGGGUGUGGGGCUUCUACCGGGGCCUCUCACUGCCCGUGUGCACCGUGUCCCUGGUUUCGUCUGUGUCUUUCGGCACCUACCACCAUUGCCUGGCGCACAUCUGCCGCUUCCGGUAUGGCAGCACGGACGUCAAGCCUGCCAAGGCCGACAUCAUGCUCUCGGGAUGCGCCUCUGGCCUUGUCCGGGUGUUCCUGACAUCACCCACUGAGGUGGCUAAGAUCCGCCUGCAGACUCAGACGCAGACGCAGCCCCAGCAGCGGCGGCCUUCGGCCUUGUGGCCCUCAGCAGCUCCCCCUGUGUGUCCUGCACCCCCGGCAUGUCUGGUGUCUGGGCCCAAGUACCAUGGGCCACUGCACUGCCUAGCCACAGUGGCCCGUGAGGAGGGCCUCCGGGGCCUUUACAAAGGCAGCUCGGCCCUGCUUCUUCGGGAAGGCCACUCCUUCGCCACCUACUUCCUCUCCUAUGCCAUCCUCUCCGAGUGGCUCACCCCCGCUGGCCGCAGUGAGCCAGAUGUCUUGGGUGUGUUGGUGGCUGGAGGCUUUGCAGGGGUCCUGGCCUGGGCCGUGGCCACCCCCAUGGACGUGAUCAAGUCACGCCUGCAGGCAGACGGGCAGGGCCAGCAGCGCUACCGAGGCCUCUGGCACUGUGUGGUGAGCAGCGUGCGGGAGGAGGGGCCCAGGGUGCUCUUCAAGGGGUUGACACUCAACUGCUGCCGCGCCUUUCCUGUCAACAUGGUGGUGUUCGUUGCCUACGAGGCUGUGCUGAGGCUCACGCGGGGCCUGCUCACUUAAGGGCAGGUGGCGACCUGCCAGCAGCUUCCAGAGGAGGCAAAGGACCGUGUGGACGGGGUAGAGACCCCACAGGGCUGGCACUGGACAGUGGGUCUCCCUGCACUGACUCAGCUGAGGCCCGAGCGAGUUCUGUCCAGCUACUGACCAGAAGGUCCAGGGCUGCCUGGCUGUCUGCAAGGUCAUGGGUCACAAGAGGCUGAGGCAUCUGUUCCAGGCCUGGCUUCUUCACUGCCAGGAUGGUGCUCCUACCUUGAGCUUCAGUCCUGUGGUAGUGGGGGUGGGGGCAGGACCCCCAUUCCUGCUGGCUGCUUAUAUCCUCACUCUCCCUGAGUAUACGCUGUCCCACGUGGGCACCCCCCAAAACUUGG